AUGUUUAGAUUAUUGAACUUUCUAUGGCCUUCCAAUUCUGAAAAAGUAGAAGAAGAGAAUGCCAACAAUACUCCACCACUAUUGAUCGAUCAACAACAAUUGGAAAGUCUUUCACAAUUACAACAAUUAUUGGAAGUAAAAGAGCAACAACUCUCCGAAAGAGAAGCCAAACUAAUCAAACAAGAAGAAUUAUUAAAAGAGGAGGAAAGAAGGAUUAGGCAGUUAUUUAGUGAAUUAUCUGGACGUCCAAGUCUUGAUAAUGAUCAACAAGUUGUUAAUUUAAAUAUUGGUGGGAAAAUAUUUACAACCAGUUUAGCAACAUUGAAAAGUGUGAAUGACACCUUUUUUACUGGUUAUUUUAAUAAUCAUUUCGAUCCAAUUAUUGUUCCACUUUCUAAUAACAAUUCUCUAUAUGAUAUUGCUUAUUUUAUUGAUAGACCGAGUGAGCAUUUUCAAUUAGUAUUGAACUAUUUGAGAGGAAUUGACAUCAAACAAAAGAUUGAAAAUCUAAGUAAUAAUGAUUUGGAUAAUUUUAUUGAAGAAGUUGUAUUUUAUCAAAUUACACCUAUAUUUGAUAUAUUGCCAAGAAGGGGAAUUAAAUUAUUAAAAUCAAAAUAUGAUGGAAUUGAUUAUUUGGAUUAUGUGCAAUUUGAUAAGGAAUACUGUUCAUCUAAAAUUCAAUUAGAUUCUCCAACAAUAGCUAGAAAACUUGGAAAAAGCUGUAAUUUUGAUUCAUGUGUUUUAGCAAUGCAAACACCAACAAAUUCAUUCAAAGUUAAGCUUAUAUGUUCGUGUCAGGAUGCAAUGAUAGGUUUUGCUCCUAAAUCUUUAGAUUUAGACCAUAGUUUCUCGAAAUGUGGCUAUUAUUUAUAUUGUGCUAAUGGUAAUUUAUAUUCUCAAAGACGUGAUGGUAGAGAUGUAUAUGUAAAUUCACGUAUUAUUGAUGGGUCCAUUAUUGAAUGUGAAUUAAAAGAUGGAAAUAUUUCAUUCAUUGUAAAUGGAACUAAUUAUGGUAUUGCUUUUAAGGAUAUUCCACAUGCUCCUAUACUAUGUCCUGCAUUCUGCCUUUGUGAUGGUGGCAGUACUAUUGAAUUACUUGACGAAUAA